GUACGUCGGACAACAAACAGCCGCUUACAACGCGAUGGCUUUCAUAACAAGAGCCUUCCGCUGACUCUGCUUCCAGACCUGUCUACUCAUCUCCUACACCACAAAUGCCUUCCCCGGCGAAUACAUCCCCACUGUCUUCGACAACUACUCGGCGAGUGUUAUGGUAGAUGGCAAGCCUAUUAGCCUUGGCCUCUGGGAUACUGCUGGUCAGGAGGAUUACGACAGACUGCGACCUCUCUCAUACCCUCAGACCGACGUCUUCCUCAUCUGCUUCUCCAUCGUCAGCCCUCCUUCAUUCGACAACGUGAAGGCAAAGUGGUAUCCCGAGAUUGAUCAUCAUGCGCCUAACAUUCCCAUUAUCCUUGUCGGAACCAAGCUUGAUCUUCGAGAAGACGCUUCCACCCUCGAAUCGCUCCGACAAAAGCGUAUGGAGCCUGUGUCGUACGAGCAGGCGUUGACUUGCGCCAAGGAGAUCAAGGCCUACAAGUACCUCGAGUGUUCUGCCCUCACUCAAAGGAACCUCAAGAGCGUUUUUGACGAGGCCAUCCGAGCUGUUCUUAACCCCCGACCCACACCUUCGAAGCAAAAGAAGAACAAGUGCUCCAUUCUGUAGAUAUCCAUCUAAUGAACGCUAUUCCCGCGCGUGGCAAGGCACGCGCUUGAUUUUCUCAACGAAAGCGUCUGGACGACGCGAAACGACACGAAGAACUCAGGACGAAUGUUUAAUAGGCAUUCAGCGAUACAAGACGGCGGCUCUUGACGGAAUAUCCCUGGGAGCGGCUGGGCUGGACUAGGCUAUUGCUUUUUUCUCGAGGCCCGAUACCCGUCCCCAGAUCAUGACCCUCGCAACGAUCAUGCGGAGGCAACUGCAUAUGACGAUGGCUUUUACUUGCGAGGCGGUUCUUGAAUGAAUUUUGGGUUUUUACUAUCCGCGGUUACGUGUUUCCAACCGUUGCUUUUUAUUAUUUAUCUCUAUUUGCUCAUAUCUCAUGCUGUGGCCUCCUCGCGGAGUUUAUACCGAUUUUGCCAGUAAUUCAAGAACCGGUUUGCACUUUAGACAGAUGACUGCUUGCGAUUGUUUUGUGAUAUUUUCUUCGACAAGUGUCCGUUUUACCUGUGGAGGUAUAUUGAAUGAACAUGGUUAUCAUGUCUCGUAUUUGGCAUUCACUAUCCCGAGACUUGCAGUUUGGCAAGUCGUUUUUGCGAUGUAUAGUCGUUGAAUUCCUUCCAGCAGCGGUCAAUUUGUCAGUCUUGAUUAUGAAUUGGUCUCUUUGGUAUGUCGCUAUGGGCGAAAGAAAUCGCAUUGCUUGUUAGAGCUCCCAAUAGAGUAUACGUUCACUUAAAUUGGAGCGUAAACAGAAAAGAACCUACAGUCUACACUUGUUGAUAUAUAGGAUCAACAGUCUGCUUAUAUAGGCCCUUCACCCGAAGCAGAAAUAUCUCAAAAUAAGUCGAAUGGAGUUGUGGAUGUAGAAAUAUAAUUCAUUGUCUAUUCUAUGCUCUUCUUCGUGAGGUCAAGGAUCCACUUCCUUUGGGUAUCUCUCACUAUCAUAUAAAUGCACAAUCAACUUUUGUGUAUCCGAUCCCAGUACAUCAUUAAAACAAAUUCAGAGACCCUCACAAACCUACUCCUUCUAGAGCUUCACACCCUUGGCUCGAGGCCUGGUAAGCUGUUUCUACCAGCGGUUGCCAGGAAUGUGGGCACGUCGGCUGGGAUGAAUACCAUCCUCUCCAGCUUUGCGAGUGUCACCCUUGCCCUUGUUCUCUUCCUUUGCCAUCCUCUCACGCUCAAUACGCUUGGCGCGGUUCUCGUCGAGCUUGCGGUUCUUCUCCUUGAUCUUGUCCUGGCGCUGUUUUGUCUUGCCACCUCCACCGGCACUGUUACACAGAGUUAGCGUGUGUUCUAGUCAUGUAUGAAGUUGCUGUUCGUGCAGGUGAGUGUCGGUGAAGCAGUAGUGAGCGUGAGUCAAGUCAAGACUAGUC